AUGGUUUACCCUGGCCUCGCCGUGAUCGUCGAUCAGCGACUCUCGCCGCUGCAAAUCGAGGCCCUUUCUCCUCCGACGCCUCAAAACCAGAAAAUCUCAAGGGAUCUCCCUUCCUCCCGCGGCGCUGCAGCCUCAAAAUAGUCGAUUUUGGAGGAAAAGGUCUGAUCUUCAUCAUCUUCUUGUUAAUUGCAUAUGGAUGUGGAAGGUUCUAUUGAAUAUCAACAACAACAAUUGGAGUUGGAUGAUUUUGAUCAUACUCUAAGUCAAGUUAUGGACAAAAUGGUUUCAUCUAAACAGGAACUGGCAGCUAAACUAAGGAUGAUACUGUCGGUAAAACGGAAGAUUGAUGAUGUGCCCACGCAAGCAGAACUGAUUCAGUAUGAGCGGAGAUUAUCUGAACUUUAUUCCCAGAUUAGGGACAAGCAUAAGCAAACUUCUACAUUGUUUGACACUUACAACUCACUACUGGAAAUAAAGGAACUGAUGCUAAAAGAAACAUCAAUACUGAAUUCGAUAAAUUCACAGGUUUGUCCAAGACGUCGCUAUGAUCAAUUUCAAGAUGCCUUAACAAGCACCAUCGGUCGUACUAAACUUGUAGAUUCUUUGGAGACUAUAGUGAAGGGAGCUCGACAAAAGCUGGAAAAGGUAGAGCUUAGCCUGAUGGCUGAAAAGAAGAAUUCUGAAUCUCUUAGGGAGAAGUUAACAACCAAUUUAGCAGACCAACGAUAUUUUUCAUCUCUUUUGAAGGAACUCCAGGAAGAGUGUGCAAAAAACGAACGAAUCAGGCAAGCAGAGUAAAAUCACAGUUCAUGGAUUUUUCCUUGUGUUCAUCAGUCCUUGAGAGGCUUGAUGAUUUUGCAUAAUAUCAGUUGUGUUGAUCUGGUUCUGGCCAACCAAAUGGAUUUCAGAUUUCUCUGUCGUAAAAAUUUACAGAAUUUGGUGA